CUAAAGCUGGUUAUAGAGGUGGAGUUGGAUUCAUUAUUUAAGACCUAGACUUUUGGAUGUGUGGUAGCCGGUGAGGUUUCACCUUUUCGACAUCACUAUUUCAAUAAGUCAAGUUGAGGACGGCCUAAGCUAGCAUCACUUAUGCUUGAUUGGCCUUGGGAGUGGAUCACUUAGUCAUCAAACGUGAUUCCGCUACAAUGUUGGGAUGAAUUCGGGACUAGGCGAGAUGAUCGCAGCUCAUCCUUUGAUGUGUGACAUCUGGAGGAUUGUUAGGGAGAGCAUCUCCCAUGAUGUCAGACAUGUUUACCGGACGGUGAACAUUGUGGCGGACAGGAUUGCUUCCAUCGUGAUGGAGCAGUCCAGAGAAGCCUAACAAGCGGAGGUGGCGGCUAUUUCUACCGCUUUAUUUGAUAUUCUAUUUUCAUAUUUUGUUGGAUGUACCCGAAAUGUUUGAGUAUUCUGCUUCAUAAAAAAUAAAAUAUUAAAAAAAGGACCGACGAAACCAGCCAGGCCAAGGUCUUUGAUCCAAUCAUACGGCGGAACCUCCAGUCUGUCCUAGAAAAAACAAAGAAGAUAGCUGACGUCAUUGCUUAGAAAGAGAGAACAAAUGCCGCGAAGGUAAAACCAACCAUCCCAGCUUUUCCACGCCAGUCUGGCAGUUUGCUAACAGCUAAUCCAAACUUCCCCAUAUGCCAUCUCGCCGGAUGCCGGAGAGAUUCCUUGACGCCGGCCUACCAUUUCUGUUCUCUGAAUGAUCGUAAAGGGCACAAGUCUAAACAGGGGUGGGAAGAAUAUAUAAUCCAUGUAAUGUUUUGACUGCUUAGCUCCCCAUCCCGUCACUCCAUUCACCUUCCUCCUUUCUAGUUGUUUCCUAGAUAAAAUCUUGCAACAAAAAAAAAAAAAGAAAAAAGAAAAUCUCUUCUCUUGCCUUCUCUAGUUAGAUCUCCAUGGAUCUCCACAUCUUCUUCUUGCCAUUCCUUGCCCCAGGCCACAUGAUUCCCAUGAUCGACCUUGCUAGGCUCCUAGCCGACCGUGGAGCCAAGGCCACCAUCAUCACGACCACUGAAAACAUCCCCCUCAUCCGACCAACCAUAGACCUCGCCAACAGCUCUCGCCACCGCCAAAUCGAGCUCCUUGCCAUUCCCUUCCCCUACUCGGAAUCCGGGGUCCUCGAAGGCCAUGAAAACCUUACCACUUUCCCCAACCCAGACGUCACCCCUGAAUUCUAUACAGCCAUCAACAUGCUGGAGGCCCCCUUCGCUCAGCUUGCCAAAGAUCACCACCCCGACUGCAUCAUAUCUGACAUCUUCUACCCGUGGUCGGCCAGCCUCGCCCAUGAUCUCGGCAUACCAAGGCUCAUCUUCAACGGCACGGGCUUCUUCUGCAACGUCGUCGUGGGUGCCGUCGGUCGUCUCAAGCCCCAUGAGAAUGUCACUAGCGACGAGCAGGCCUUUGUUGUGCCGGAGGUUCCACAUCGGAUUGAGAUGACACGGUCGCAGCUCCCUGACUUUAUCACAGGAGCCUCAACCUACUUCCUCAAACAGUUGGGUGAUUCCCAUCGCUUCAACUAUGGCAUGAUAGUGAAUAGCUUCUAUGAGAUGGAGCACGACUAUAUUGAUGAAUUCAAGGAGAGAGCUAACAUCAAAAUAUGGCACGUCGGCCCGGUGUCGCUACGCAAUCAGGACCUGCAUGAUAAGCUGGUGAGAGGAGACAAGGCCUCUGUGGACUGCGACCGCUGCUUGAGUUGGUUGGAUGCUAAGAAGCCGGGAUCGGUUCUUUACAUCUGUUUUGGGAGCUUAGGUCGAUUCACCCGCACUCAGCUUUGCGAGAUUGCUUCGGGCCUCGAGGCUUCGGAGCACCCGUUCAUUUGGGUGGUGAGAUGUGGCGGUGAAUUGUCGGAAUGGCUGCCGGAGGGGUUUGAGGAGAGGGUGAUACGUAAAGGGAGAGCAUUGAUCAUAAGUGGAUGGGCGCCUCAGCUGCUUAUAUUGAACCAUGAAGCCGUCGGGGGAUUUGUGACGCACUGUGGCUGGAACUCGUGCAUGGAAGGUGCGAGCGCCGGGUUGCCGAUGAUCACUUGGCCGCUCUUUGCCGAGCAAUUCUUCAAUGAGAAGCUGAUUGUGGAUGUUCUCAGGAUUGGGAUUGCGAUCGGGGUGAAAGUAUGCUGCAGCAAGGAGGAGGAAAGGAUGAUGGUGGGAAGAGAGGAUAUAAGGAGGGCGGUAAAUGAGUUGAUGGGAAAUGGAGAGGAAGCGGAUGGGAGGAGAGAGAGAGCAAGUGGGCUUGGGAAGAUGGCAAGGAGGGCUGUGGAGGAGGGGGGUUCUUCUUAUAAUGAAAUGAGCCGUUUGAUAGAGGAUCUGCUUAAUCUUAAAGCUGGUAAGAUUCAGUCUAGUAAGGUUGGAGAAUGAUUCAACUUCAGUGUUCAUUUGCUUGGGCUUUGUCAGAGAAAAGCUCCAACAGAUUUGUUGCCUUGAAUAUAAUUUUGGGUUUAGCGCUGGUUUAGAGUGGUCUGAUGCUCUCUAAUCCAUAACGUGAUGCUUUUGGGAAUAAAGUUGGAUGUCACACAUCUCAUCAUUGCUCGGUUCCCUUUCCUCAGCGGAAAUUGGUGAUGGUCAAAACUUAUUUUUUCUCUCUACAAUUUUCUUCAUGCGUUGAUUAUUUUUUUUUCUUUUUUUUGCCUGUUUUCUUCUUUGACGUGGAAA